UCCGACCUCCACCUGUACGGACCUCUCCGUGUCGACUCAGUCGCUGGCUCGCUCGCUCCUCUCUCUCUCUCUCUCCUUGCAAUUUCACACUUUCUCGAGGUUACUUCUUCCGGUGGAAGAAGAUCGGGGUCGAAGGUCCGGUCCAUCCUCUCUCUGAGCUUCGAUGGAGGAUCUGACGACGGGCGACCCUCUUGUUCCUCCCAACUUCGUGACCAUCCACCAUCUCCGAGAGCAAUGGCUCAAGCGGCAGCAGCCGCAGCAAAAACUGAAGGAGCUCGAGACACGGCCACGAUCGCCACCAGGAAAACCACCGCCAGGCCGGACGCGGACGCCGCCGCCGCCGCCGUCGUUCCCACCUCCGGCGCAAAAGGACAAGGGGAAACGGCCAGAGCAAGAGCUUCCGCGACGCGAAACCGAAGUCGAGCGCGAGAGAGUGAAGGCGUCGAGCCCGAGGGACGAGUCCGAUUCUCGACCUUCUCCUGCUGAUCGUUUGGCCGUUCGACGCAAUGCGAGCGUCAAGGAGGGAAGUGAUGGUCGUCAGGCCAUCGACUCGGACGGUCCGAAGCCCUCGGAGAAAUCGAGCCGUGGUGAAUACGCGGGUUUUGGCGGUGCCGAGAAGGCAGAAUCGGCCUUGUUGAAGGGCCAGCUAAAACAGCCAGAACAAGGGCUUCCGCAAGGCGAGACCUUUACCGAGCGCCAGAGAGUGAAGGCGACUCCGAGGAACGAGUCAUAUUCUCGACCUUCUCCUGCUAAUCGUCGGGGCGUUCGACGCAAUACGAGCGUGAAGGAGGGAAGUGAUGGUCGUCAGGCGAUCGACUCAAACGGUCCGAAGCCCUCGGAGGGAUCGAGCCGUGGUGAAUACGCGGGUUCUGGCGCCGACGAGGAAGCGGAAUCGGCCCCGGUGAAGGACCAGCGAAAACAGCCAGAAAAAGAGCUUGUGCGAGGUGAAACCAAUACCAAGCGCGAGAGAGUGAAGGCGAGUCCGAGGAACGAGUCCAAUUCUCGACCUUCUCCUGCUAAUUGUUGGGCCGUUCGAUGCAAUACGAGCGUCAAAGAGGGAAUUGAUGGUCGUCAGGCGAUCGACUCGAACUGUCCGAAGCCCUCGAAGAAAUCGAGUCGUGGUGAAUACAAGAGUUUUGGCGCCGACGAGAAAGCGGAAUCAGCCUUGGUGGCCGCGGUUUCUGUGGUUGCCGAGAGUGCCAACCAGGUGAAGAAGACCGAAGAGUCGGAGAAGAAGAAGAAGAAGGAUAGGAGGUAUAAGAACAACAACAAAUGGAAGGGAAAGGGGAGGUUAGAUGAGGACAUAGUUAGGGCAAAGGAAAAGGGGUUGAAGCUGGAGGAAGGCGAAGCGAACGAGCCAGCGGCGAAAGUCAAGAAGGAGAAGUUUCAGCGUGCCAGUUCUGAGGGCCAGACUGUGACGCCGGAGAGCAAGGAAGUGCGAGUGGAGGCGAAGACCAAGGAAGGUGUGGUGCACACGUCAGCAAAGGAGGUGAAGAAGUUGUUCGGGCGUGCCGGUUCUGAGAGAAAGAAUGCGAUGCUGGAGAGCAAGGAAGGGCGAGUGGAGGUUGAGAAUGUUGCUGCCAAUGCUAGUCAUGUGAGGGCAGAAGCUGAGGGUUUGAAUAAACAAGUAUUGGCUAUCAAUUCAAAGGUGGAGAUUGAAGGAGGACUGAGGAACUUGUCAUUGCAGUAUGACAGUAAAAAGGGUGGUUUCCAGCGGCGGAGGUCUUAUCGUGGAGAUCGUACUGUUUAUGGGGUGAUCGAAGGAAAGGAGGAACAAAGGAGAGUGAGAAAGCAGAGCAGUGACGCGGUUUGGGUUAGGAAAGAAGAUACAACUGAUGGUAAUGCCGGCGAAAGUCGAGUUACGUUGGUUCUUUGACGCCACUGGCCUUGUUUUAGCUGCGCUGUGUACAGGUUUGCUGGAACUGGUGGAGGAGGAAAGCAUAAAGACAUUUGGUAGAAGCAAAGUUAAUAUGGACUGCGAUUCAUUGAGCCAAUUCUCUGUACUGUUUGAGAUCAUUCUGGCAUAUCUUGCCUGGUAUAUGCUCAUUCAUCUUAGCUCACCUUUGUAAAUAUAAUCCUCUAUUGCUAACCUCUUUCUUUAGCUUUCUCUUUGUUUUUUUUUUCCCCUGUUUUGUUGACCUUUCCUUAUUUUUUAUCAAGCUUCUAAUGGAUUUCGGCGGAAUUCAC